AUGUUGAAUUCUCAAAAUACAAGCGAAAAUAAUCUCAGUAAGGUUGAUAAUGAAAAUAAUGGAGUUGCUGUAUUAUCUUGUCCGGCUGAUAUUCACAAACAGUAUCGUUAUACUCGAAAUGAAAUGCUUGCAUUACGUGAUGCACCUGCUAGCAAUAAACGUCCAGUUUAUUUAUCUACUGAUUUUGAUAAUGAUCAAGGUAAAUUUAUGCCGGAAAAAUGGGUUGAAUAUCGUUGGAUUUGUGAGGGAAUUGAAAAUCGUCCAAAUGCAGCAUCGAAGCGUAAAGAAAAAUUGAAAGCGGAAGCGCUUGAAAACGAAUCUACUGUUUUAUCUCCACAAAGGCGAGGUUUUUCUUCAGGUUGUCGUGCUGCUUCACCAACCAAAAAAGGUUUUUUUUUAGAAAUUUUCUUAUUUCUCCUCUUAAUUCAAUUAUUUAACUUGAAAAUAAGUAAUAAGUAA